CCUCCUGGAGCAGCAGGGCUCCGAGAGGCAGAGCAACCCACCUGGGUCUCACAGCAGAGCCUGGGGCUUCUUCUGCCCGCUCCCUGCCUGAGCCGGACCCUGGGGCUCAGACUGACAUGUUGCCCCCUCUAUCUGCCUAUCCCAGCCAAGGCCUCCCUUUCUUAUCUGGGCCUUGUCACAGCCUUCCAGCUGCUGGUGUUUCUCCUCCAGAGCGUCCUGCACAGGGCCUGAGAGCCAAUCCUGUCCCGUCCCCAGCCCCUCCUCCCGAUAUCAUGGCCCGGCAAGCCUGGCUCCCUCCGCCUCUGCAGCUCUCACUGCUCUGCUCACACCAGACCUCUCUCUAGUCCCCGAAUGGGCCCUGCUGUGAGGCCUCUGGGCAUUUGCACAGGCUCUUCUUUCAUCUGGCAUGGUGUGCUCCUCUUGGCAGCCUGGAAUGUGCCUCCUCACUAUUCCAGAUUUCAAACAUCUCUUCUUUAUACUCUUUGCCUCACUCCCUCUUCUCUGGCUGCACAGCCCUGGCCCCAGCCCAGGCCCAAUCCUCCCCUGCCUGGACUCCCCACCUCGCCUUCUGCGCCCUGCCAGUCAGUGGCCCUCGAGGGAGGGAUCGUCCCACACCCAGACAUAACCCUAACUCCCUCCCCCGGCUCCCAGCCUCCUCAGACAGAGGCCAGCCCCUCAGAGUGAUCAAUAUGGGAUUUAUUCAUCUCUGUCACUCACAACAAGGAUCUGGCAACUCUCACGCCAAGGCUGUGCUGGAGGCCCAGAGACAGUCAGAUAUGAGCCCUGUCCUUGGGAAGGCGAGGGAAACACACACACAGAAAAAUAACACACACUCUUCCCUCCCCUGCCCCACUCUGCCAACCAAAGGCCCAGGUGGGACGGAGGUACAGUUGCUCAAGGAGGCAGGGCCCAGAGAGGCAAGUGGUGACAGGUUGGCUCCAGACUCCCGGCUGAACCCCCAUCGCAGCCUCCUGGGCACCGGCAACUAUGACGUCAAUGUGAUCAUGGCCGCCCUGCAGGGGCUGGGCCUGGCCGCCGUGUGGUGGGACAGGAGGAGGCCCCUGUCCCAGCUGGCCCUGCCCCAGGUGCUGGGGCUGAUCCUGAACCUGCCCUCACCCGUGUCGCUGGGGCUGCUGUCCCUGCCACUGCGCCGGCGGCACUGGGUGGCUCUGCGCCAGGUGGACGGCGUCUACUACAACCUGGACUCCAAGCUGCGGGCGCCCGAGGCCCUGGGGGACGAGGACGGCGUCAGGGCCUUCCUGGCGGCUGCGCUGGCCCAGGGCCUGUGUGAGGUGCUGCUGGUGGUGACCAAGGAGGUGGAGGAGAAGGGCUGCUGGCUGCGGACAGACUGACCCCACGGCUGACGGUCGCCACUGCCCAGUCGGGCUCCGAGUGCCAGGGAAGGGGGCUGCGCUUCAUGGACCCUGAGGGGCCCCGGCCCCCCCACGCCCCCGCCCCCAGUGCCGCUGCUGCCUCAAUAAAUCUGAUUUGCUCGGGCCUGGCCUGGUGUGACUGACCCAGCGCGGGGCCCUUUGGUUCAGAGCCCAGAGCCAGCCCGCCCUGGCGCCGAUCCCUGCUCCCUGCCACCUCUGGCCAGUCACUCACCACUCCAGGCCUCAGUUUCCUCAUCUGGGCAUAGGAGAAAACAGCACAAGCCCUGCCCAUGUGAGGCCCAUGUUCUGCGGCAGGAGAGAGACCAGGACAAACCAACUGGCACGACUGGUGUGUCGUUCAGUGGGACAAGCACUAAGCAGGCGGCAGGGGCUUACUUCUUGACUCUGUUCGUCUCCAUUGAUUGGUAGGUGGCAGAACAGUGGCCCCAGAGAUGCCCCUGUCCCCAUCCCCAGAGCCCGUGAAUGCGUUAGGUCACUCGGCCAAGGGGAAGUGAAGUCGCAGGUGGAACUGAGGCUGCCAGUCAGCUGCCCUUGAGACAGGCCGCUGUCCUGGAUCCCCUGGGGGGAGGGGGAGUUCCAGUGUCAUCACAAGGGUCCUUAAGUUGGAAGGCAGAGGCAGCCCUGGAGCCCUUCAUGGACUUAGAGAAUAAAUGUGGGUUUGAACCCACAGAGCUUG